AUGCUUUUGGCUGGCUUGGUCUUUCCUCUGAUUAUCGCAUACAAUGGCGAUGUCUGGGGCAUGACUGGCGCAAGCGACCGGCCCUCAGCCGAGGAGGCGAAGAGCAUCGCCUCAGCCGUCAAAGAGAGGAAACGCGUUAACGCGGUGCUGACCAUCGAAGGAAACCGUUACGUGGUUGUGGGCGCCUCCGAUCAGCACAUUACUGGCAAGUACGGAGACGGAUGGUGCUUCCUCAGUUGGGGUAAAGAGGCGAUGGUGCUCAAUUUUGGGAAGGUGCCUGACGUGAGAAAGUGCCUGCACGUCGUGACGACGUAUGGCAAACUACUCAACGAUGAGGGAUACUGA